AUGAACCCCAAAUCGAUUUAUAAAGAGACUAACGAGUUGUACACCCCGAUCCGCGAAGCAGGCAAAGCCCUUGUCGCCGUCAAGAUGAUCAGUCGAGAGAUGUGUCGCGACAGGAUAGCCGAUGAAAUCAUCGCUCUCGAACGCAUCCGCAAUCUUUUCGCCGCGGAUAAGAACAACACCGUGGUGAAGCACCUUCCUCUCCUCAUUAACAACGAUGCAGUCAAGGACGGUGGGUCUGGCUGGCUGGCCGUUAGUCCCGUCUGCGGAUUUGACCUUGAGCGCCUUCGAGUCGUCGUCACCUCGGCAGUUCAACCCUCGUCAGAAAUGGACACUACUCUCCGUUUUCCCUUCCCCGCGAUACCGGAGGUACUCGUACUACAUGUCGCAAAACAGCUAACGGAGGCGGUCGGGUGGCUCCACGACGUCCCCAACAUCUCCCACAACGACGUCUUUGGCGGAAACGUAAUGCUCGACGUAUCCGCCUCCAACAAAGAAGCCAACUUCACAUUCCCAACCAUCGUCUUGAUCGAUUUCGACCGCGCCACCCUGGACCCUGACAACAUGGCAAAAGGCGCCGACCGCUCAUAUACUUACGAGCUCAUAUACAUGCUCGACAAUGCAGGUCGAGCGUCAUCACAAGAGACGAACGUAUUGGAAGAUGUGAUUGUGGCCAAGGAAUCGAUGACCUGGUGGGACGCGUUUAGGAAUUUUCUUGUUAUUAAUAAGGGCCAGUAUCUGCAGGAUGAGUCGGCGAGUUUUGCGAAGUUCUGGGGAAGGUUUGGCGCGGAUAUUGAUCGAAGGUUGGAGAAUGUAACGGGGGAGGAAUGGAGACGGAUGAAAGAGCUGAUUGAUAUGGUUGCGGAGAAGGAGGUAAGGUUUCCGAGUGAGGAGAGGGUUAGAGAGGUGUUGGGGGAGUAG